GCACAAAGCAUUUUCAUGAACCAUUGCAUAAUCCAGUGAGCAAGCCUUUCCCCUCACAUAAUUCUUCCAUGUCGGCCGCGAAAAACCCUGUUCUCCGGCAGCACGGCUCGUCUGCCGCCACCGGAAAAACGACGAGCUUGAGGGCCAUUGUGACUGUGCUUCAAACGGCGGGAAGUGUACUUUCGCAAUUGGGCCUCAGCCGUGGAUUAUUAGCCGAUGGUAUUGCUGGCUUGCUCGGUAAAACACUUCUGGUCGAGCUUGUGGCGGCCGAGCUUGAUCUUCAAGAGAAGUUGACCAUCAGUUCGCAUGCAUAUAAGAUUGGGAACGAUGAAAAUGAGACUUACUAUGAAUCCACGUUCGAAAUUCCUGAGGAUUUUGGAGAAAUCGGUGCUGUUAUCAUAGAAAAUGAGCAGCGAAAUGAAAUAUUUGUAAAAGACAUCUUAAUAUUGCAAGAUUUGUCUGGUGGCCCAGUCCACGUAACCUGCAAUUCAUGGGUUCAGCCUAAAGAUAAAAACCUCGAAAAGAGAUCUUACCUGCCGUCCCAAACUCCGAGUGGGCUGAGAAGAUACAGAGAGAAAGAGCUCGUCCUCCUAAGAGGCGACGGCCAAGGAAAGCGCAAGAAGUCCGACAGGAUCUACGACUACGAUGUCUACAACGAUCUCGGCGAUCCAGACUCCGGCGAUGACCUGGCUCGCCCCGUCCUCGGCGGCCCCGACCGUCCUUACCCUCGCCGCUGCAGAACUGGCCGCCCAAGAACAGAUAAAGAUCCACUAUCCGAGUCAAGGAGCUCCAAUGUGUACGUGCCUAGAGAUGAAGCAUUUUCAGAAGUAAAGCAGGCGAAAUUCUCGGCCAAUACCCUAUCCUCGGUGCUCCAUGCGGUUAUCCCAUCAUUGGAGACUUCCAUCAUUGACAAAAACCUUGGCUUCCCACACUUCACCGCCAUUGAUAGUUUAUUCAAUGAAGGUUUUUUGCUUCCCGAUAUUCCUGCUUCAGGGCUUCUAGGGAAUAUUAUACCCAGGCUCGUCAGGUAUAUGAAUGACUUGAAAAACAGUGUUCUGCAAUUCGAGACGCCUCAGUUGAUCGACAGAGAUAAGUUCGCGUGGUUUUGUGAUGCUGAAUUCGCUAGACAAACUCUAGCUGGUGUUAAUCCAUUGUGCAUCAAGUUGGUUACGGAAUGGCCACUCAAAAGUGGUCUCGACACUGAGAUUUACGGGCCUGCUGAGUCAGCAAUCACAACGGACUUGGUAGAGAAAGAAAUCGGAGGCUACAUGACUGUGGAUGAGGCAUUGAAGCAAAAGAAGCUGUUCAUUUUAGAUUACCACGACGUUUUCUUGCCUUUUGUGAACAAGGUAAGGGAGCUGAAGGGGACUACCUUGUAUGGGUCGCGGACUCUAUUUUUCUUGAUGCCCGAGGGCACAUUGAGGCCCUUGGCCAUCGAGCUAACGAGACCACCUGUUGAUGGGAAGCCCCAGUGGAAGGAGGUUUACCAGCCAUGUUGGAACCCAACUGACAUCUGGUUGUGGAGGCUGGCUAAGGCUCACAUCCUCGCGCACGACUCUGGUUAUCAUGAAUUAGUCAGUCACUGGCUAUUAACUCAUUGUUGCGCAGAGCCUUACAUAAUCGCGACAAAUAGGCAACUGAGUUCAAUGCAUCCUAUAUACAGAUUAUUGCACCCUCAUUUACGUUACACAAUGGAGAUUAAUGCUCUGGCUCGUAAGUCCCUUAUCAAUGCCAAUGGUAUCAUCGAGUCAUCAUACGCCCCGGGAAAGUACUCAAUGGAGUUGUGCUCUGUUGCCUAUGACAAGCUAUGGCAGUUUGACUUACAGGCUCUACCGGCAGAUUUAAUCAACAGGGGAAUGGCUGUAGAGGAUCCAACUGCACCUCACGGCCUGAAGCUAACAAUCGAAGAUUACCCUUACGCAAAUGACGGUCUGCUUUUAUGGGACGUCAUCAAACAGUGGGUCACGGAUUAUGUCACACACUAUUAUCCAGAACCAAACCUCGUCCUAUCAGACAACGAACUUCAAUCAUGGUGGACAGAGAUUCGAACGAAAGGCCACGCGGACAAAAAAGACGAACUCUGGUGGUCCGAGCUUAAAACUCCUCAGGACCUGAUUUUGAUCCUCACGACCAUCAUAUGGGUAGUCUCAGCCCACCAUGCAGCUGUCAACUUCGGCCAAUUUGAUUAUGGGGGCUACUUUCCUAACAGGCCCACUAUAGCCCGAAUCCAGAUGCCCACUGAAGACCCGAGAGAGGAAGAAAAGAAGAAGUUUCUAGAGAGGCCCGAGGAGUUUCUGUUGAGGUGCUUUCCUUCGCAACUUCAGGCGACAAUCGUGAUGGCUGUUUUGGACGUUUUGUCUAAUCAUUCGCCUGAUGAGGAGUAUAUCGGUGAGAAAAUCGAGCCGUUUUGGGCUGAGGAUAAAGUGAUAGCUGCUGCUUUUGAACGGUUUAAUGGGCGGCUGAAGGAGAUUGAGGGUAUUAUUGACGGUAGAAAUGCGGAUACGGGCCUGAAGAAUCGGGCCGGAGCUGGUGUGGUGCCGUAUGAGCUUCUGAAGCCGUUUUCGGAACCUGGUGUAACGGGAAAAGAAAAAAAGACGAGCAUUAAAGCAGUUGUGACCGUGCUGCAGACUGUUGGGGGGAUACUCUCCCACCUAAGCCUCAGUCGAGGCCUCGAUGACAUCACCGACUUGCUCGGUAAAACCCUUCUGGUCGAGCUUGUGGCAGCGGAGCUCGAUUCUCUGUCUGGACAGGAGAAGCCAACCAUUAGUUCGUAUGGACAAAAGAGUGGCGAAGAUGAUAAGGAGACUUACUAUGAAUCCACGUUCGAAAUUCCUGAGGAUUUUGGAGAAAUCGGUGCUGUAAUUAUAGAAACCGAGCAGCGGAAUGAAAUGUUCGUAAAAGACAUCAAAUUAGAAGGUUUAUCGGGUGGUUCCAUUGAAUCUUACCUGCCGUCCCAAACUCCGGGUGGCCUGAAAAGAUACAGAGAGAAAGAACUCAUCGUCCUAAGAGGCGACGGACAAGGCGAGCGCAAGACUUCCGAUAGGAUCUACGACUACGAUGUCUACAACGAUCUUGGCGAUCCAGACUCCGGCGAUGACCUGGCUCGCCCCUCAAGGAGCUCUAACGUGUACGUGCCUAGAGACGAAGCAUUUUCCGAAAUAAAGCAAGCGACAUUAUCGGCCAAAAGACUAUCCUCGGUGAUUCGUGCGCUCGUGCCAGCACUGAGGACUUCCAUCAUUGACAAAAACCUCGGCUUCCCACAUUUCACCGCCAUAGAUGAUUUAUUUAAUCAAGGUUUUUUGCUUCCCGGUAUUCCAACUACAGGGCUUCUUGGGAAUAUCAUACCCAGGCUCAUCAGGUUCGUGAAGGACACCAAAAACAGUGUGCUGCAGUUCGAGACGCCCCAGUUGAUCGACAGAGAUAAGUUUGCUUGGUUUAUGGAUGCUGAAUUUGCUAGACAAACUCUAGCAGGUGUCAAUCCAUUGUGCGUCAAGUUGGUUACGCAAUGGCCACUCAAAAGUGAUCUCGACCCUCAGAUUUACGGGCCUGCUGAGUCGGCUAUCACAACAGACUUGGUAGAGAAAGAAAUCGGUGGUUACAUGUCUGUGGACGAGGCAUUAAAACAAAAGAAGCUGUUCAUUUUAGAUUACCACGACGUUUUCUUGCCUUACGUGAACAAGGUAAGGGAGAUCAAGGGAACUACCUUUUAUGGAUCGAGGACACUAUUUUUCUUGAUGCCCGAGGGCACAUUGAGGCCUCUAGCCAUCGAGCUCACGAGACCGCCUAUUGAUGGGAAGCCCCAGUGGAAGGAGGUUUACCAGCCAUGUUGGAACCCAACUGACAUCUGGUUAUGGAGGCUGGCUAAGGCUCACGUCCUAGCACACGACUCUGGUUAUCAUGAAUUGGUCAGCCACUGGUUACAGACUCAUUGUUCAGCAGAGCCGUACGUAAUCGCAACAAAUAGGCAACUGAGUUCAAUGCACCCUGUUUACAGAUUAUUGCAUCCUCAUUUACGGUACACGAUGGAGAUUAAUGCUGUGGCUCGUGAGUCCCUUAUCAAUGGCAACGGUGGAAUCGAGUCCACAUUCUCCCCGGGCAAGUACUCCAUGGAGUUGAGCUCUGUUGUCUAUGACAAGCUAUGGCAGUUUGAUCUACAGGCACUACCAGCAGAUUUAAUCAAUAGGGGAAUGGCUGUGGAGGAUCCAAGUGCACCUCAUGGCCUGAAGCUAACAAUCGAAGACUACCCUUACGCAAAUGACGGUCUGCUUCUAUGGGACGCCAUCAAACAGUGGGUCAUGGAUUACGUCACGCACUACUAUCCUGAACCAAACCUCGUCCAAUCAGACAACGAACUUCAAUCAUGGUGGACAGAGAUCCGAACAAAGGGCCACGCGGACAAAAAAGACGAGCCCUGGUGGCCCGAGCUAAAAACUCCUCAAGACCUGAUUUUGAUCCUCACGACCAUCAUAUGGAUAGCCUCAGCCCACCAUGCAGCCGUCAACUUCGGCCAAUAUGAUUAUGGGGGCUACUUUCCCAACAGGCCCACCAUAGCCCGAAUCCAGAUGCCCACUGAAGACCCGAGAGAGGAAGAAAAGAAGAAGUUUCUAGAUAGGCCCGAGGAGUUUCUGUUGAGAUGCUUUCCUUCGCAAGUUCAGGCGAUCUCUGCAAUGUCGGUUUUGGACGUUUUAUCUACUCAUUCGCCUGAUGAGGAGUAUAUCGGGGAGAAAAUCCAGCCGUUUUGGGCCGAGGAUAAAGUGAUAGCUGCUGCUUUUGAGCGGUUUAAUGGGCAGCUGAAGGAGAUUGAGGGUAUUAUUGACGGUAGAAAUGCGGAUACGGGCCUGAAGAAUCGGGCUGGAGCUGGUGUGGUGCCGUAUGAGCUUCUGAAGCCGUUUUCGGAACCUGGCGUGACGGGGAAAGGUGUGCCGAAUAGCAUCUCGAUUUAAGUUUAUUGACAUUUUAUUUGUACAUUUAAAUUGUUUGUGCAAGUUGAAAUAAGAACAAGGUGUCCUGUAUCUUUUAUGUGGAAUUAUUGGGGUUACUAAAAUUUCGUUGAAGUUCAGCAUUCAUCAGCAAUGUUUUUUUUC